AUGUCGGAGACAUCUCUCCGACACCCGCGCCUCGUCGCCAGCCAGCUGUGCCUUCUCUCGGGACUGGCUGUCCUACUUCUGGUGCUGCCCCUCGCGGCCACGGCAGACUGCCCGUGCAGGGACCCGGCGCUGUGUCGGCCCAUCAGCCACCACCCAGACUACGAGGUCUUUGUGUUCGAUGUUGGAUACAAAACUUGGAAAUCUUAUGACUGGUCACAGAUUACAACUGUAGCAACCUUUGGAAAAUAUGACUCAGAACUUAUGUGCUAUGCUCACUUCAGAGGAGCCAGAGUAGUCCUAAAAGGAGAUGUGUCUGUAAAGGAUAUCAUUGAUCCUACUUUCAGAGCAUCAUGGAUAGCUGAAAAACUUAAUUUGGCCAAAAACCAACAUAUGGAUGGAAUUAAUAUAGACAUAGAGCAAGAAGUUAAUUGUUCAUCGCCAGAAUAUGAUGCAUUAACUGCUUUAGUCAAAGAAACCACAGACGCGUUCCACCGUGAAAUUGAAGGAUCACAGGUAACCUUUGAUGUAGCUUGGUCUCCGAAGCACAUAGAUAGAAGGUGCUAUAAUUAUUCUGGAAUUGCCGAUGCUUGUGACUUUGUCUUCGUAAUGUCAUAUGAUGAACAAAGCCAGGUCUGGUCAGAAUGCAUUGCAGCAGCCAAUGCGCCCUAUAAUCAGACUUUAACUGGAUAUGAUGACUACAUCAAAAUAGGUAUUAACCCCAAGAAGCUUGUAAUGGGUAUUCCCUGGUAUGGUUACGAUUAUACUUGCCUGAAACUAUCUGAGGAUGAUGUUUGCACCAUUACAAAAGUCCCUUUCCGGGGAGCUCCUUGUAGUGAUGCCGUGGGACGUCAGGUGCCCUAUAAAGUGAUCAUGAAACAAGUAAAUAGUUCUAUUUCUGGAAGCCAGUGGAAUAAAGACCAGCAAGCUCCUUAUUAUAGCUAUAAAGAUUCUUCUGGCCGUUUUCAUCAGGUGUGGUAUGAUAACCCUAAGAGCAUUUCUUUGAAAGCAGCAUAUGUACAAAACCAUGGGUUACGGGGCAUUGGCAUGUGGAAUGCAAACUGUCUAGACUACUCUGGAGACGCUGUAGCGAAACAGCAAACUGAAGAAAUGUGGGAAGUCUUGAAACGAAAACUGUGA